GCUAUUUUUACUUUUACAGCAUAAACUGAGAAAAUUUGUCCGCCUAAACCGAAAAAAAUAUGUUUAGUGCUUCAGUCCGCGUGAUCGUGAAAACCCUAGUUCUGUUUAUCAAUUAUUUCGAUCGAAUCGAUGCUGCGAACAUCAGCGAAUCCGUCGAUGGUUCCAUCGAACGUUUUUAUCUCGAACCUGACCCGACUCAACUCAAGACCUUCCGAAUUCUUCUGAGUCCGAUUGAAAUCGAAAAGCGACAAGCGAAAGAUUUCCUGGACCGGAUGGAAAUCAAACACAACCACGUUUGCCACGUGAACAGCGCUGCUCAGUUCGAAUAUCAGUCCAACAUCACCGAGGAAUCGGAAGCCAAAGCUAAUGCAGCUGGUCUGGAGUACAACGAGAAAAGCGCGUUUUUCAACACGUGUCAAAAGCAAGCUUUCGGCGAAAACGGGCCUUUCCCGAAUUGGAAGAGGUUCAGCCCUUCGGUUCGAGGACUGAUCCAGGCGGACAUACGGAAAAAUCGGACAGACGUUGGUUCAAGAAUGAAUGACACUUUGCGAGGAGGCACUUCUGAAAUGUCAAAGAUAUAUUCAACUGCCACCAUUUGCUUGCCAGAUGGUAAAUGCGGACUGCAUCUAGACCCUGAGAUAACUGAGCUGACGGCCACAUCGAGAAACUACGAGUUGCUGCAACAUAUUUGGGUCGCUUGGCGAGACGCGACCGGCCGGAAAAUGAGGCAACUUUACACAAAUUACCUGACGAGUGUGAACGACACUGCGAAAAAGGAGGGAUUCGCAAAUGCAGCCGAGUACACCUGCCUAAGCAUGUUGCAAUCGCUAAAAUCUGAUUUUGAGCACCUGCACAUACCUGACAAAAUUGACAAGAAAGGACCGAUUCCAGCGCAUAUCACAGGAAAUCCGUGGGCUCAAGCAUGGAAUUAUCUGGAAGACAUUGUGCAGCCUUUCAAAGGACUGCCUCACAUAGAUGUCACCGAGUCACUCAACAAUCAGGGAUACACGGUUCUCAAAAUGUUCCGAACAGCGGAGGAGUUUUUCACGUCGAUUGGUUUGAUGCCGAUGACGUCGACGUUCUGGAAUAAAAGCGUCCUUGUUCGUCCACCGGGUGUCGAGAUGGUUUGUCACGCGUCAGCUUGGGACAUGUGCUCUGCUGAAAAAGACGACUUCAGGAUCAAAAUGUGCACUCAAAAGAACCACGAAGACUUCCUCACGGCGCAUCAUGAAAUGGGUCACGUUCAAUAUUACAUGCAAUACCGACACCAGCCGCGCCAAUUUCGUGGGGGUGCAAAUCCUGGUUUUCACGAAGCAGUCGGGGAUACAUUGUCGCUGUCUGUGUCAACAAUGAAGCACUUGAAAAAAGUCGGUUUAUUGACAGAAGCUCACAAACGCCUUCUUCUAUCUAAGGAAGACGAGUUGGACAUAAACUACUUGAUGAAAGUUGCUCUGGACAAGAUUGCCUUUCUUCCUUUUGGAUAUAUUGUUGACAAAUGGAGAUGGGAUCUUUUCAAGGGCAUUGCUCCCCUGGAUCAAAUGAACGCCCACUGGUGGAAGCUUAGAGAAGAAAUUCAAGGCUUGAAAGCCCCAGUGACGAGGACGGAAGAGGAUUUUGACCCAGGUNGCAAAAUACCACGUAGCUUCCGGAAGUAUUUCGUUAGCACGAUAAUUCAGUUUCAAUUCUACGAGGCCCUUUGCAAAGUUGCAAAAGAAUACGAACCAAACAAUCCGAAGAAGCCCCUGCAUCGUUGCGAUUUCUACCAGAACCUCGACGCCGGAGACGUUUUCAGGGAGGGUCUUCGACAAGGUUCUUCCUUACCCUGGCCAGACGUGAUGGAAAUAAUUAUCGGACAAAAAAGCAUGACUGCAAAGCCCCUGAGGGCAUACUUUUCUCUUCUAGAAAAUUAUCUGGAGAAGGAACUUACGGCUUUGGGCGAAUGCAUUGGCUGGGGACACAAAUUGAUGGUGCAAUUCAAUGUUUUUUAUCUCAAACCGGAUCCAACGCAAAACGAAAACCUCCGACAUCUUUUGAGUCCCGUGGAAGUUGAACCGCGUCAUGCACAAGAUUUCCUUGACCGGAUGGAAAUCAAAAGUAACAAAAAUUGCCACGCCAUCCAAGUUUCUGAAUUUGCACUCAAGAGCAACAUGACCGACGAAUCCGAAGCCGAAAUGCAAAGCGCUACCCUCAGCUGUGACGGCUUGAGGGCUGAGUUGGAGCAAAUUAAGGUGGAGACCCAACUAGCUGCAGAGCAGCUUGCGUCACAGAAAACCCAGCUCCAUUGGAUGGCGCAGGAAAGCGCCAAACUCCAAGAACAGCAGCGUCGGCUUGAGGCCCAAAAGUCGGUGGUCUCCUAG